GAGCAGCAGAGAAAUUGAAGGGUACCAGUUGGCAAGAUGGAUGGUGUGAACCAUAAAACAAAACAGCCUUUCAACUCAACAAAUUCUUCUAAUAAUAUUCUCAUUGCAGCUUUGUUUUUCAGAGGUCCAAAGGAUGCUGACGUGUGGCCCCCUCACCCCAUGCCCUCCUCUCCCUCCCUCCACGUGGGAUCCCUCUCCAUGUCCUACUCAGCAUUCUACCCCCAUCAUUCCCAUUAAAUCUCUCUGCUUCYCUCACCUGAUCGACUCAACUCCUUUGAAAAUUCCAUAUAUCUCUCCCUUUCAUCCCUUUCGGGUUAUUGCCUUSAUCUGAUCCAUUUGCUGCCGCUUCGGGUUCCCACAUAGUCUUUUCUAUAGGUCAGAAGUUCGAAUCUCUACCCGAUCACCACUCUCCCCAUAAUUGCCUUGAAAAGCUAAAUUAAUGAGGUUCAAAAUAAUAGUCUAUAUGGUGGGCUUUCARCAUUAAAUUCUUUUAAAAAGAGUAUGAAGUAAUGAAUUAGUGAGAUCUAAUAUUAUAUUGAGGGGGAAGAGGGGAAUAAGGAAAUAAAAUAAUUAAGGGGUAGGCAGAAGCUUAUGAUUUGAGAAUGACCCUUUAAAGCUCAUUGACUCCCACUUCCAUCACAUGCAUCUCUCCCUCUCUCCUCUUUCUCUCUCUUCAUAUGGUACCAUCCAAUUCUCCUUAUUUAAGCCCUCCACUCCUCCCUUCAUUCUCAUCUCCAAAAAUCAAAAGCUCUUCUCUCUUCCGAUUCCAAAAACCCUUCAAACUUUACCCACAAUCUUCUCCUACAAACAAAAGCUAGCACUUCCAAAAGCCUUACCUGUUGCAAUUUGCAAACACAAAACACAGAACCACAGUUUCAAUCAAACCAAAACACCUUUUGAGGAAUUACCUUAGUAGUGAUGGAGAACUUAUUUCGUCUUGCCGAUCACGACGACUUCUUCUCUCGCCGUUGCAUCUGGGUUAACGGUCCCGUGAUCGUCGGGGCAGGACCUUCGGGGCUGGCCACAGCUGCUUGUCUUAGAGAACAAGGGGUGCCUUUUGUAGUCCUUGAAAGAGCUGAAUGCAUAGCCUCCCUGUGGCAAAAGCGCACCUAUGACAGGCUUAAGCUUCACCUUCCAAAGCAAUUCUGCCAGCUCCCAAAACUCCCAUUCCCUGAAGACUUCCCUGAAUACCCAACCAAGAGGCAGUUCAUUGAGUACCUUGAAUCAUACGCCAAGCAUUUUGAGAUCAACCCACAGUUCAAUGAGUGUGUUCAAUCAGCAAGGUACGACGAAACCAGCGGCCUGUGGCGAGUCAAGACCAUCUCGACUGCCGGGUCAGCCCGCAACGAGGUCGAGUACAUUUGCCGGUGGCUCGUCGUGGCGACCGGCGAGAAUGCCGAACGUGUAAUGCCCGAAAUUGAAGGAUUCAGCGAGUUUUGCGGCGACGUCUCCCAUGCUUGUGAAUACAAGUCCGGCGAGAAGUUCACUGGAAAGAAAGUGUUGGUGGUUGGCAGUGGCAACUCCGGCAUGGAGGUUUCUCUAGACUUGUGCAACCAUGAUGCCUCUCCUUCAAUGGUGGUCCGGAGCUCGGUCCAUGUUUUGCCAAGGGAAGUUCUUGGAAAAUCAACAUUCGAACUAGCUGUUACGAUGAUGAAAUGGCUACCCCUGUGGAUGGUGGACAAGCUGUUGUUGGUCCUGGCAUGGCUGGUGCUCGGAAACAUUGAAAACUACGGCCUCAAACGGCCAUCAAUGGGUCCAUUGGAGCUCAAAAACGAGACUGGGAAGACCCCUGUUCUUGACAUUGGAGCAUUGGAGAAAAUCAAAUCCGGUGACAUCAAAGUGGUACCAGGAAUCAAGAGGUUCACUCGCAACCAAGUAGAGCUUGUCAAUGGCGAAAAGCUUGAUGUAGAUUCAGUAGUUCUGGCUACUGGGUACCGCAGCAAUGUCCCCUCUUGGCUUCAGGAAGGCGAAUUGUUCUCCAAAAAUGGAUUCCCAAAAGCAGCAUCCCCACAUGGGUGGAAGGGAAAAGCGGGGCUGUACGCGGUUGGGUUCUCGAGGAGAGGGCUUUCAGGGGCUUCGUCGGACGCCAUGAAAAUAGCUCAAGAUAUUGGCAGCGUAUGGAAGGCGGAGACGAAGCAGCAGAAGAAGAGAACCACCGCUUGCCACAGACGCUGCAUUUCCCAGUUCUGAAAAAGAGAAGUGAGAGCGAUUGAUGGCCGCCAUUGACGAUUUACAUUUACACACAGCCCUGUAAAGGAGAAAGUUAGAAAUAACACUGUAAAAAGAAAAAACAAACAAAGAAACAAACAUAGAAACAAACAGAGCCCUCUCCACUCCAGAGGCCCAUUUGGGCAUUUUGUAAAAGAUGGAAGAUGAAGAUGAGGCGUUUUCAAAUGUUCCUUCAUUUGUUUUGUUCAGUGAAUGUAGUUUAAAACUUGACACUUUUCUCUCUUGUUCUUCCUUUUUCAUCAACCAAAACCAAUUUGUUUUUGGUAACAAAUCAAAUCAACUCAUCAUUGCCCCCAUACAUUGGAUGAUUUCCAUCUCCAAACACACAAUUCUGUCUACUUCUUCAAUUARCUCACAUCCCAUCAAUCUUCAUGUUCAAU